AACACUCACAUUCCCCUGCAGUUCACUUCUGGAGCCUCGUCUGUAGUGAUGGAUUGUUCAGAGGAGGUUCAGUCUGUGUGUGAGGAGCCCUGCGCUCAGAUGGAGCUGAAGAAGGGGAUGUCUAUUUUCAUUGAUAUUUUACGGCGAGCUGAUAAAAAUGACGAUGGGAAGCUUUCCUUUGAUGAAUUCAAGGCCUACUUCUCUGAUGGAGUCCUGACAGCUGACGAACUGCAGGAGCUCUUCCACACGAUCGAUACCCAUAAUACAGACAACGUGGACACUGAUGAACUCUGUGAGUAUUUCUCCCAGCACCUCUGUGAAUAUGAGAAUGUCCUUGCCGCCUUAGAAGACUUGAAUAAAUCCAUACUAAAGGCCAUGGACAAAACCAAGAAGGACUAUCAGGAGUCCACCCACCUGGAGCAGUUUGUGACCCGCUUCCUGCUGAAGGAGACGACCAAUCAGCUUCAUUCGCUUCAAAGCUCGCUCGAGUGCGCUAUGGAAACCACAGCUGAGCAGACUCGCCAGGAGAAACAAGGUCCGCUGAAGCCAGAGGUGUUGUCCAUCCAGUGGUCAGGUCGUCGUUCCAACCGGAGGCUCCAGAGGAACAGCAGCCUGUCGCCCAACAACCCGCUUCUUAGUCUCGUCAACUCAAGCGUUUAUGAUGAAGACAGCCAGUGGAUGAUCCAGGUCAACAGACUGCAGAAGCUGAUCGACCGCCUUGAACAAAAGGAGAUCCGUCUGGAGCCUGCUGAGGAGGAGGUCCUGGAGAGCAAAUCGCACAUCCUGAUAGUCCAGAGGCAGCUCUCAGUGCUGGAGGAGGAUCUGGAGGAGUUUCGUCAGGCUCUCAGACAGUACAUGGAGUGUGCCUGCGCCCAGACUGGAUGUCUACACAUCGCAGUGCAGCGACUGGCUAAUGAAUCACGCUUCAUUCUCUAUGAAUUCUGGGAGCACAACAACUUGUGGAAGAACCACCUGCAGACCAACUACAGUAAAACCUUUCAGAGGGGAAACGUGGACUUUCUGGAAACUCCUGAGACCCUAACCACCAUGCUGGUUCCUGCGUCGUGGUGGGUCCUCAACAACAACUGAAAUCAGACAUGGCCCCUCACUGAUCGUCACUGAUGAGUGCAGAGAGCAAACGGUCACCUGUCAACACGUCAGGAAGUCCACAGUGGCAUGCACACAUACACACACACACUCACACACACAGUAAUUCAACACAACUCGUGCAGUCAUGGUGAUAGGAAUAGAUUUUAUGACCUCCACGUUUCGUCAUAGUUAGGUGGUAAGGGAAAUAGCCCGCGUCUGUGUGUUUGUCUACACCCCUACAUGACGCUCUGACAUGUGAAAAGCAAUGACCUGAUCUGACAUUAUCACUGUUUUUGACGUGACAUCAUCUGCAGCCCGAAGUAGAUCGUGUGUGUGUGUGUUUCAUAGAUGACCUUUUGGGGACAAAUAUCAAACUAAAGACCAGUUAAUUGGGGACGGUUUGAAAAGGUUGAUUUAUGUGUGAGGGCAAGUCUCCAGGAAACGAAUGCAGGUCUAUGUGAUGUUCCCAAAAGUGACCUGUGAUGACAUGUUUCUUUGUGUGUGUGUGGGUGUUUGUGUCCUCCUGUACAGCUAUCUUUGUGAGGACCACUUUGAGCCUAGGACCACGAAGUGAGGACAUUUUGGGAAAGUGAGGACAUUUUGGCUAGUCUUCACUUUCUGACCCCACUUUAAUGCACAAUUUGGGGGUUAAGACUUGAUUUUAGGGUUAGGCAUUUAUUUUGGAUGGUUAGGUUGAGGGUGUGGGGCUUGGGAAUGCAUUAUGCCAAUGAGUGUCCUCACUAAGACAGAAGUACAAAACUGUGUGUGUGUGUGUGUGUGUGUGUGUGUGUGUGUGUGUGUGUGUGUGUGUGUGUGUCUCCCCAUAAUGUAUUUUUAGGUUAGUGUGUAGAUAAUUAGUAGUUAAGGAUUCAGUUAAGAGUGUAAGUCUCCAGGAAAUGAAUGUAAGUCAACAAAUUAUAUCCUCUGAAGUCAU